AUGGGUUUCGCUGAAGACAAAGUGUACGACUACAUUAUGAAAAACCUCAGACACUUCAAGAACAUCCGCGUGGCGUCUCUGGCCGAUUCCCUGAGCUGCCUGACCGACGAGGACAGAGAUGAACUUCACUCCCGGGAGGAGACACGGGGCAGCCACGCCACCGUCUAUAGGUUUUACCAACACCUGAAGUGCCGGAAGGACUGGGUGCUGGAUCUCAUCGAGGCCCUGCGCCACAACAACGCGGGGCACCUGGCCGACGAGCUGCAGCACGUGUACGACUCCUACCAACCCCCUCCUGCCGCUGCCUCCUUCCCUCCUGUGGCCAGCGAUGCCCUUCCCGUUGGUUCUUCCAUCAGUGCCCAGAAACCAUUCCCAGGGCCAAACCCUGCUCCGGGAGCCCCGUUGGCUGAGCAGCCACACCAGGACCUGCCCGUCGGUGACCGUCCCCCUCUCCUGCCCAGGGCUGCCACUGCUGCAAGCACAGACCUGGAUGCCAGGACCCCGGUGCAGGAGGAAUCGCAGCACCCGGUGUGCGUGGACAACGGGCGUUUUGGGAACGCCAACCACCUGCACCACGGCACUCCAGGCUUGGGUCUGCAUGGGUCUCUUCCACGGAGAGACGCGGGUCCCGCUCACGGCCCUCAGCAGCUCAGGAACCAGCCCGAAGAGGACUUCUACAUCUCUGAUGAUUUGCCCCCGAGGCUGGAAGAGACCGCUCGCAGUGGGGGGCCGCAGCAUAGCCUCUCCACCGAAAAACAGCGGUUCGACGCGGAGCAGAAGCGCAUCCGGAUGUCGCAAGAGCUCGGAGGAGAUGGAGAGACUCAGAUGGAAACCCAUGCACCCAGAGACACUUCCUCAUCCUACAGCACUUUGGUGAAGCAUCCUGUACAAGAGGAAAAACUGCCCACGGGGUCAGCCGGCAGCACCCACUCUGUGCUGACGAAGGAGAAAGUGCUCCCACCUUCAGUGGACCUUCUCCCAACUGCUGCAGGAAGCGCUGAAGGCACAUUUAGGAGGACAGCAUCCUGGGUGAGCUCUGCCACGACCAUCUGGGCACCUUGUGGCAACGUGGAGAGGGACGUGGAGUUCAGCAAGCCAGGCGUCCUCCUCUCCACAGCUGAGGAGAGCCCAAGGGCAGCCAGCAGAUGCCCGAGCACUCAGAGGCCCAGUAGCCAGUAUCCCAGGGUGUCUGAUAGCCUCACCUUCCGCAGUGACCCAAUCUUGGUGAGCACGGAUGGCUCAAGCCCAGGAGAAGUGCUCCUCAGAGUCUCCUCGGAAUGCCUGGCUCCAGCAGCUUGGGAAGACCCGGGGGGAGAGGAGGCAGCUGGAGCAAGCAGAGACUCCUGUCCACCUUCAAGCUGGGACAGCACCUCCGUGGGCACCCGCGAGGUCUGGGAGGACCAUCACUCCAGCUCCCGGCUCGAGGCAGGCAGUGACCUCCGAGACAGAGCCAGUCCCCUCAGAAAUUCUCCAGUUUCUGACUCGGGCCGUGGCGCUGAGACCAGCUCGUCUGAGGCUCAAGUUCCCUCCAGGGAUGGCAGCAGGCUGCCCCUGCCCUACGUCGUCCCGGCUGUGGGCGUUGCCGUGAUUUCAGCUGUGGCGUUUCUGGUGUACGCUCGGUUGCAGAAAUAG